CUCGCGUGAGCUUUCUUCUUGUCUCUCGGGCACCGUAGUUCUCAAGGAAGGCAGGCACGGAGCAGAGCCGCCGGCAGCGAGUGACGCAGAGGACGAGCACGAAAGAUACCUCCGAGACUUGAUGGUACAGCAGCACAAGAGGCAGUUGAAUUUGGAACCAGCAGGUAGCAAACCGUUGGCAUCUCUUCAGCAUAGUACGCAUACCAAGACCGCAUCAAACAAGGCAAAACCAAGUCCCGUCCCGGCGCCGCCUCGUCUAACACAUGCAGACUACAAGGAGCUCGAAGACCUUCGUAAUUUUGGUUAUAACUGCACUGCCACUGGCACUGCCUCUACUAGUACAACCACUUCUUCUACAACUAGUACACCGGCUUUAUUGGUCGGAGCUGCAGGCGCGGGAGGUGCGCGAGACCGAACCAGCAAUCAUGAAAGAGGCGGCAAGCAGUUCGAGGGAGACCAGCUGCUCGGCCAGUUCGACGGUACACAGCGGUCGUCUCCGUUGCAGCCAACACAACCGAUCGAUCGCUAGUGAUCUGCGAAAUUUCAUGUCCACAUUGAGCGGCUCUAGCGCACGAACAGCAAGAACCCAAAGCAGCAACGCUUCUCGCGGUGCAGCUGCGUGUGUGACGAAAGAAGUAGUAAGAACUCAACAAGUAGAAGAUGACUUGCGGAUAUCAGACGACGAAGCAGCAGGAGCGGCAGCACGUGCACGAGGUGGACCUCCAAGGUAUGCGAACGAUCUCAGAGAAUCCUAUUUUGCCGCAGAUGGGGCGGCGCAACAAGGAC